UUCCCCAGGGACAGCUCCAUUUAACAGUGACGUGGCUCCCUCAGUCCUGCUUGAAGGACUUGGUGUUUCAGAGCCUCAGUUACUACCCUGUGGUGCACAGCUAAGAGAGGUGAUCAGCUUGGAGCGGAGGCCCCGGGGGCCAGGACAACAGCCACCCCGUCACUGGCCUCCUGGGCGAGACGAGGACACGGAGCCCUUGGAUCUUGGGACAUAGUCGCGGAUGGUGGUGAGAAGCAGGCCUGCGGCUCUAGAGGCCUCUGACCUGAUCUCGCCUUCCCCCUGUUAGUACUUCCCCUUGGAUACAGGUUUCCUCAUGUGUAGUUUUAGUUGUUUUUAUCUGAAAGGAUCGUGAGGGUGAACCGAAGUUGAAUACGAAAGCACUAGCACAGGCCCUGGCACAUGGCGAGAGCUCGUUAGGUGGUGGGUAGUGUUUGUAAUUAACCCUUGAGAAAAAUACAGGAUCGUGAAGGAAAGGGUUGGGCUCGUCGUGUAAACCGUCACGAGCAUGCCCCUGCUGAGGAUUAUGCGUGUCUGUGGUCGUCCGGGUCAUCUUUUAGAUGUCACCGUGAGAACCUCUGGGGCUUUUGCCUCUCGAGAGCAGUAAGUAGCAGCUGCUGCCAUCAAUCAGGUCAGAACUGUCUCAUCGUUUAAUCUCCCUUCCGGACUUCAUUCUGCGGUGUGCUCGUUGAAUUCUGCCUCCGGCACGUGAGGUGUCCUUCUGCCUGGUUGCAAGGGCACAGUUAGUGGGCUCCCAGUUUGGAAGUGUCGAUUAGGGACCGACGACACGAGUCUGCCCGGUUGUGUGGGGGCCUGGGAGGAGACAGGCACCACCAGGGCAGGGGGCUGCCCCAGUGCUGAAGCCACCUGCCAGGUGUGUGCCAGAUCCUCACACCCACGGGCCUUUGGGCCGAGCACCAUCACGGGCUUUUCGUUCAGCGGUUACUGUACCAACUUCGUCCCAGGUUCAGGUGCUGUGGAGCUGCGGCUGUCAUCCCGUCUGCACGGUUGUGUUUCCCAAGCUGUGGGGUGAACCUUCCACCUCUAACAGCAGGUGGUCUGAUGCUGUCUGUUCCGUUUACCAUACUUUAAGGCGGAUAGCAAACUACAGCAUGGUCUGGGGAAGGGCCCUGGGGUACAAAUGGCCCAGCACCACGUGCUGGCUGCUGCUGAAUUGGCAAGGGGUAGCAUGAUUGUUCUGAAUUCUGUCACAGUCACCCUGCGGACGGGUUGGACUUGUCCCUGGUGGGUCUGUUGGGCUGAACAAGGUCCGGUGGGUAGAAGCUCUAGGGAAGAGAUUUCAGCAUCAUUGGGAAAUUCCUCCCAAUGGCCAGAACUGUAUGUAUCAGGUAGAACCAGUUUGGCACCAUUGGGGGAAUUCAAGCACUGCCCAGGCAGUCUAUGUACGGAAUGUUGUGGAGGAGGCUGUGUUUGGUGGGUAGGGUGCUAGGGGUGACUGAUUGGUGGUCCUGGGGAAGGAGGCAAACACCGGUGCCUGAGGAAGGCCCCCCGUGCCCAGUCUUCAGGAUAGGUCAGACCUGCACAGCCUCCCAGACCACAUCCUAACUCGGUCUGUCCCUGCCAAGGGCCAUGCUCCUACCCCCUGAUGAGCAUGUUUCUGCUCCAAAGAUGACCUGAACUUGACAGCAGCCUGAUCAGCCCCAGGUCAGAGGGUGUGUGGGAGCAUAGAAGAGAGGACAUGCCAGUCUGGGGGGAAACCUUAAUGUGGAGACGAACAGAGAAGAUCCGUGACUCUCCCAAGGCCUGACCGGAGGUGGCGACCACUGCCUUCUCACGCAGGCCUAGCACAAGACUCCCUCGCCACUCCCCUGGGUGUCUGCAGGCCAGAGGCCUUUGCACAUUUGGGUGUAAAUCUCAGCACCUAGCAGGGAAAGGGCAGCUCCACACUGCCCUCUCUCCUUCCCAGGCCUUGGCCACUCUUCUCCAGCUGGCUCUGUGGGUCGGCAGUGCAGGAAUCACUGACUCAGACUGGGAGGCCAAGGCAUCGCACAGGUCGCUACCGUCAGCCAGCUCUGCAGCCCAAGGCUUUGCCUCGCAUCACCCUCAUCUGGGAGCCUCUGCAAAAAGCCAGCCUUUGAGCACCCUGUUGUCCAGUGGGACAGGAGGCAUCACCUCAAAAUCUUGCAGGCUGGCCUGCUUGUAACGCUGCCACGGGGGACCGGACCCUUGCUUCUCUGUGCCUUGCCACCGCCCCCCACAACAAGGGAGCAUCCCUAGCUUAGGUCUGCCUUCUGCUCUCAGUGGCCACAACUGUCCCCACUUGCCCACAAUAUACCACUGACAAAAGCAGCCAAGUGCCCUUGUGGAUACUUUGUGAGGUAAUGAUGUCGCCGUUGCUGGAGGUGCUCAAGCAGAGACUGAUUAACUCUCACGGGAAGGGAAGGUAGAGCUGAGGUAUGCAUCCGGUCAAGAAUGGGGCCAAGGGACCCCUCCGUCCCCUUUGCACUCAGAAAGGACUUCCUAGAGAGGCUGCAGGACAGGGACGAGGGCCGGCUUUGAACCAGAAAAGACCUUGGUUUCAAAAGCUGGCGCUGUCACUUUGGGCUGACACAAGUCAUCUCACAACUCAAGAGCUGAGAGGGCACCUGGGGGUCCCUUGGUCCCACCUGAGCCUCAGUUUUGUCACUCAAAUGGCGGUGAUGCUGCUAGCCUCACAGAUGAGCGGCCUAGCUGGAUCCAGCAGUAACUUGGUCCACGGAGUGGGUGCGCUUCCCCAAAAGACCACUUGGGGGCACCCCGUGAAAGGCUUUGUGGCCUGGGCACUGCAUCAGAGGCUGACUUCAGAGGGAAACUGAAUGGGCUGGAGGAGAAAAAUGCCCAUUUCUCCCCUCCCACUGUUGGUAGAGCCCGGGUAGGGCCCCUUCCCUGGCCUCUGCCACAUGUCUGAACACCGUCCCAGGCUGCCUUCUGCCCACGCCCCCCGCCCUCUCUGCCUCAGCCUCCAGCUAUGGGAAAGCCAGUGUUGUCUCCACUGGGCUGGGCUGUGGGCCCAGGCCCUGUCAGCCUGCACAAAGCUGAGCCGAUGUUACAAGUAGAUGCCUCAGAAGCCUGGCAGAGUGUGCCAUUUCCCCACCGGGGAACCUGUCUGCCCCCGCCCACUGCAGGGAAGUGAAAGAGGGCUGAGGACCAGACCUUACCAGGCAGAACCCUGGAAGGAAGAAGGAAGCUGCUGCCCACCCAUCAGCAAGGCCAGGAGAGCCCGGGACUGCCCUUCGGGGUCAGUCAUUCUCGGCACACCUGAGCACACACUGACCCUCGAGGCACUGGGACUCAGAUGGCUGAAAAGAGGCCUGCUCCUGGAGGAGCCCACAGCCUCAUCACAAACCAGGGAGGCAUCACACUGGGCUGAACAAAGAUGACAAAUCCUGAGCUUCAGAAGCCAAAGACAGUCCAGGUGUCGUACUAAAAAGAUACAAAGGAGGCAGAGUCAGAACUGUCUGUAACCAACAUAGCCAGUCAAAGGCAGGACAGUUGUUGGGAAGCCAGAGAGCGCUAACAGAUGGGUUUCUCGUUGCCCCAGCCUCACCCCACUGAAAUGAGAAUAGAGCCUUUCUUGGGGGGAUCCCAGGCCUGGCCUCUGGCAGUCAGUAAUGCAGGGUGUUGGCGGGCCUCCAGGCCUCACCCUGGGAGGACAGACUCACUGUGGUCCAGGAAAGGUGGAGAAGGGCUGUGGGAGGUCUGGCAUAUCCAGAGGGGCUGGUGUUUGGGGCUGAGGACAGUACAGAGUGGCCCAUAUGGAUCUGUUGACCAGAGGUCAUCCCCUCAGAUGUAGCAGGGAAAGCAGCUUAUGAGCAGAAUCCACAGUGGGAGGAGAGGCCCGCACAGCUGGGGCCAUGGCAGAGUGAUGACAGAGAGUUCUCCCAGUAGCGGGAGGCCCACAAAGGUCCAGGACAGAGGACACCCAAGGAGUGGGUGCCCUCCACAGACAUGCUUCCCUGGCAUUUGGGCAACACCUCCUACACACUGAAGAUGAGCCCCAGGGCCGGAGGAGGGGGAGAUGAAAAGAAAUAACCUCGAGGAGAUUGAGUUUAAACAGUAGAGAAUGAGAAAUCCAUUGAAUGUAAGUUUACCAGGAAAUUAUUGGAUUAAAAUGUCGGCAGACAGACUAAAUCAAGCCAGGAAACAAAGCUCUGUUUCUUAAACAUCUGAGUCUGCCAAGGUAAAAGCUUGCACUUGCUCCAGUAGAAGGAGAGAAAUCAGAUAAGGUGCUAGGGAACCCCAAGACCCAAGGGUGAGAGGGGCUGUGGCCGGUGCCAGAGGAAGAAAGGAGAAGGGUAUUCCCGUAGAUGGAAGAGCCUUUGCAAAGAAAUCCGAGUAUGACCAGCCCUUCCGGAAUCUUGAGAAGGUCAGUGUGAGACUGGAGUGCACGGGGCAGAGCUGGAGAAUGAAUUGGAGAUGGGGACGAGAGGCAGGGGGGGAGUGGGAUCUGGGCCCAUGCAGUGGCAACCGACAGAGGACAGGAUGUUAAAUGUGUAGGGAGAGGAGGCCUGGUGGCUGCCUGGAUCAAGGGGGGCGGAGGCCGGCACUCAUCCCUGCAUGGAGCAAGUGUGGAAUGCCACUGUGUGCCAGGCACUGGCCCUCCCCGUGGAGGUGGUAUUUCAGUGGGGGGUGAGGGAGAAGGGGCAAACGUGGAAAGAGCUAAGCAGGACCAUUCCAGAUGAGUAUCCCGAGGAAAAUUAAAGGGGGAUGUGACAGAGUGUGAUGGGCUUGGGCUCAUCAGAGAAGGCCUUUCUGAGGAGGAGACAUUUCAGCUGAGACCUGAAUGUAAGAGCAGCCAUGCGGAGAAAACAGCAGGAACAAAGGCCCAGAGGCAGGCAUGAACUCAACAAAUUCAGGGAGCAGAGGAAACGCCGGAGUGCCUGGGGCAUCAUUCUACCCUGUCGCGGUGCCAGGCCAUGGCCAGACCACCCGCCCCGGGCUCGGUGAUUGUCCCAGACUGGCACGAGAGCGCCGAGGGCAAGGAGUAUUUAGCCUGCAUCCUGCGCAAGAACCGCAGACGGGUGUUCGGGCUUCUGGAACGACCAGUGCUGCCCCCUCCCGUGGCCAUUGACACAGCCAGCUACAAGAUCUUCGUGUCUGGAAAGAGCGGCGUGGGCAAGACAGCACUGGUGGCCAAGCUGGCUGGCCUAGAGGUACCCGUGGUACACCACGAGACCGCUGGCAUCCAGACCACCGUGGUAUUUUGGCCAGCCAAACUGCAGGCCAGUGACCGUGUUGUCAUGUUCCGCUUUGAGUUCUGGGACUGCGGGGAGUCUGCACUCAAAAAGUUCGACCACAUGCUGCCGGCUUGCAAGGAGAAGACAGAUGCUUUCCUCUUCCUCUUCUCCUUCACCGACCGUGCCUCCUUUGAAGACCUCCCUGGACAGCUGGCCCGAGUAGCAGGCGACACCCCUGGUGUUGUCAGGAUGGUCAUCGGCUCCAAAUUUGACCAGUACAUGCACACUGAUGUGCCUGAGCGUGACCUCACGGCCUUCCGGCAGGCCUGGGAACUGCCCCUCUUGCGGGUGAAGAGCGUGCCGGGGCGGCGGCUGGCAGAUGGGCGCACACUGGAUGGGUGGGCUGGGCUGGCCGACGUUGCCCACGUGCUCAACGGCCUGGCGGAACAGCUGUGGCACCAGGACCAGGUGGCAGCUGGCCUGCUCCCCGACACCUCAGAGAACUCCCCCAGCUGAUCUCUACUCCCAACCGUGACCCAAGGCAGAGGGCAGGACCAGGUCCUAAGGCUGAGGCAGGAACAUUGACCUCAUCCUGAGGACUGGCCAGAGGGGCCUGCCAGGAGGACGAGGAGGCACCUUCCUUGCAGAAAUCACAGCAGUGAGGUGGGGACACGAGGCUCUGUGCAUCAGUGGCCUAAGGGCAUCCGGGGGCCCCCUGGCCUUCUCCCUCCACCUUGGAGGGUCUGGGCUCUGGAAACUGAGGAAGUAUAGGGGCAGAACCUUAGGGCUCAAGCUUCUCCCGCACCCCCCACCUGCUGUCCUCCCAGAAAGGGCGACUGGAAAGGGGGGGCAUCCCAGCCGGGCCCUGGACCCCAAGUGACUUCAAUCAAGAGCCUGUAUUCCUUGAGGCAACACCAUCUGCUAUAUCGGAUAAACCCUGAAAUCUCAGUGGCUUAACUCUAUAGAAGUGUUUUCCUUGCUCAGCCUCACUUCAACUGGAAGUGAAGGGAUCUGGGGGCUCUGCUGAAUGAACCCUGACUCUGAGGUCUCUAACACAUGGCUUCCCGGUUUGCCCUGGGGCAUCAGCAUCCAGUCAGCAGAGGGGGAGUGACUGCUAGUGGAGGGUCACCUAGGAGGUUUCCCGGGACCUGGCCUCUGGGGGGUGUGCCUUCUGCCCACCUUCCAUCGGCCAGCACCCAGUCACAUGGUUACAUGGAGCUGCAGGGCAGGCUGGGAAAUGUAGUCCACCUUCAUGUUAAGGGGGUGAGCCCUCCGUGCAGUACCUUUCUUGAAAAUGAAGGUGUCAGGCUAGGCUUGGGAAGCAGGGCCCCGCCAGCCUGGGGUAUCAGAAAGCUCACUGGGCAGGGCCAGGGACUGGACCAGGUGGGGUCAGGGAGUGAGGUGCCCUGUUUGGCAGCUCUGCCCUGUGGGAAGCCAGCAAGUGCAGGAGCAGGAAAGUGAGGGAAUGUGCCCAUUCUUGUGUCUCACCCCUGCCCCAUCCACCAGAGACACUCGUGAAUGCAGGCUAAAGUAUGGGGUGGGGGGAGGGGUGGUGCUGAUGCAGAGGGCCUUUAUACUUUCGGACACCCCCUGGUUGGAACCCUGGGUUGAGGCCUGGCCUGAGUCUGAGCCAGCUGGAAGGACCUGGGGGCCCAGAUAUGUGACCCCCAAAGCCAGCGGACCCUUGGAGCCGCCUCUUGAGAGGGGAGCCCUGGCAGCUUUGUAUACCACAUCCUCACAGUCAUGAUCACAUGCUCACACAUACCAGCCCUUGUCCUAAAACACCGCCCUCCACCCGUGUGCACAACCCCCUGCUGGCACACCCAGGACGUUCAUACAUAACCCACUCUGGCUCACCGUCCUGGGCACACUGACCACCUGCCUGAUGGCAUUUACCAUGUCUGCUACCCUGGGCACCACCCACAGGUUCGUCGGUCACCCCUUCCAGGGCCUAAAAGACCAGCGCU